CUCCAAGCUGUCCUUCUGGUGGAGUUGAAUAUCAUCUUGGGUUUCGGCUUCUGCAAGUUGCAUCAACUCCAGGGUCAAAUAUCGUCGACAAUCGUAACCCAUCAUGGCGGUAAAGACGGCAAAGACCGAAGACGUCCUCGCCGGAGUGAACGGACAAAACACUAGGACUCUACUAAGAGUCAUCAUUCUUCUCUUGAUCGCUGGCGCAGCUGUGUCCAGUCGCCUUUUUUCUGUGAUACGCUUCGAAAGUAUUAUUCACGAAUUCGACCCAUGGUUCAACUUCCGCGCGACGAAAUACCUCGUCGCCAAUGGAUUUUACAAGUUUUGGGAUUGGUUCGAUGACAGGACAUGGCAUCCUCUUGGGCGGGUAACCGGAGGCACCCUCUAUCCUGGUCUGAUGGUGACAAGCGGCGUCAUCUACCACGCUCUCCGCGCCCUUACGGUCCCAGUCGAUAUUCGAAACAUUUGCGUCCUUCUCGCCCCGGCCUUCUCUGGACUGACAGCUUAUGCUGCCUACCUACUUACCAAUGAGAUGACUACAUCUUCUUCCGCUGGUCUUCUUGCCGCAGUUUUCAUGGGCAUUGCACCUGGUUACAUCUCUCGAUCCGUGGCCGGUAGCUACGAUAACGAGGCCAUUGCCAUUUUCCUUCUUGUCCUCACAUUCUACCUCUGGGUCAAGGCCUUGAAGCUGGGUUCGAUGCUGUGGGGUGCUCUUUGCGCACUAUCGUACGCAUACAUGGUUGCAUCGUGGGGUGGAUAUGCUUUCAUUACAUGUCUACUGCCCGUCCAUGCCUUCGUUCUCCUUUGCAUGGGCCGUUACAGUGAUCGCCUCUAUAUCAGCUACACGACGUGGUACGCUAUCGGUACCAUGGCUAGUUUCCAGGUGCCAUUCGUCGGCUUCCUUUGUGUCAAGACUAAUGAGCACAUGCCCGCGCUUGGUGUUUUUGGCCUCCUUCAGGUGAUUGCAUUCAUUGUUUACGUCAAGUCUGUUAUCCCUGGACGACAGAUCACAACUAUCGUAGUUGCCGCUGGUGUAGCGACUUUCUUCGUCGGUCUCGCUGGCCUCAUUCUUUUGACCUCAUUUGGAUACAUCGCGCCCUGGGGCGGUCGAUUCUAUUCAUUGUUCGACACCGGUUAUGCCAAGAUCCACAUUCCCAUCAUUGCUUCAGUCUCUGAGCAUCAGCCUACCGCAUGGCCCUCAUUUUUCUUUGAUCUUAACUUCCUCAUCUGGCUCUUCCCUGCUGGUGUUUAUAUGUGUUUCCAGAACCUCGCGGAUGAGCAUGUCUUCAUUGUUGUCUAUGCUCUGUUUGCAAGCUACUUUGCUGGUGUUAUGGUCCGUCUUAUGCUCACACUGACACCUGUUGUGUGUGUUGCCGCUGCCAUGGCUGCCUCUCAGCUCCUCGACACAUAUCUCCGGGUCAAUCAGCCUGAGCCAACCCAGGCUGCACAAGGAGAGGCCGUUGAUGGAUCCAAGAAGGCCAAGGGUGCACUUCGAGCGACCACAAAGCCCGAAGUUGGUGUUUACACUACCUUGUCCAAGAUUACGGUUGUUGCUGGCAUGGUCAUCUACCUGGUCAUGUUUGUUACUCACUGCACAUGGGUCACCUCCAACGCCUACUCAGCACCUUCUGUUGUCCUGUCCAGUCGGCGCAUGGAUGGCAGCCCGGUCAUCAUUGAUGACUAUCGUGAGGCCUAUCAGUGGCUCCGACAGAACACCGGCAAAGACGCCAAGAUCAUGUCAUGGUGGGAUUAUGGUUAUCAGAUUGGUGGUAUGGCUGACCGACCAACGCUUGUCGACAACAACACCUGGAACAACACCCAUAUCGCUACUGUUGGAAAGGCCAUGAGUUCUCGCGAGGAGGUCAGCUAUCCCAUCAUGCGCCAGCACGAGGUUGACUAUGUCCUCGUCGUCUUUGGUGGCGUUCUUGGCUACUCUGGAGAUGAUAUCAACAAGUUUCUCUGGAUGGUUCGCAUUGCGGAGGGCAUUUGGCCUGAUGAGGUCAAAGAGCGCAACUUCUUCACCGAACGCGGCGAAUACAGAGUUGAUGCCGGCGCUACCGAGACUAUGAAGAACAGCUUGAUGUACAAGAUGUCUUACCACAACUUUAACAAGACGAACUCACCUGGAAAGAUCGUCGAUCGAGUGCGUGGUGUUAAGAUGCCCGAUACAAGCCCCACACUCGAUGUACUGGAAGAGGCCUUUACCAGUGAGAAUUGGCUCAUCCGUAUUUACAAGGUCAAGGAUCUUGACAACGUUGGCCGUGAUCAUUUUGAAGCGGGUGCCUUUAGCCGUGGGCAGAAGAAGAAGAAGGCGGUUCAAAAGCGAGGUGCCCGCGUCCUCCGUGUGGAUUAGAUGGACAAGGAGCUUUUGGUGCUGGAGCCUAAAAGGAAGGGAUAAAGGUUCCCGGUUUAGCUCGCAUUUAGACAAAAUUGAAUUCAAUAUGUAUAUCAGUGUAAUAUUUGGUUGGAAAAGAGAUUUCUCCAUCUCAUGUAAGUACCGUCGGAGCAACUCAUGCAUAAUGUUAAGUGUGUUUGCUACCAUAUGGCAUCCAACGUCAAUGAUCUAUCAGCG